AUGUUAGUUUGGAAGCUAUUACAAAUAAACCUUCAGAUUUCUUAUUAUUGUGGAUUGGUUAAAAUAUAAUUUUAUUUUUCUAUUUUAGAUAUUUUUCCUUUCUCUCAAAAAGAGAUGUUUCAAAUUCGGUAUGUUUCUCUUCCUUUUGGAUCCAAAAAACAUUAAAUUUGGAUUUUCUCCUUCAUUAUUUUAAGUAUAGGAUUUUUAGUUUUAUCAUUCCCUUUCCCUUUCUGUAACCAAGUACAUUAAAAAAGAUCAAUUUAUUAACAUUUAAAUUAGAAAACAUUUUUAUUAUUUAAUCAAUGA